GUAAAAGCCAGCUUUCCUCCAGUUCAUAUACAUCUUCAUAUACAUAGAACAUUGGGUGUGCGGGGGUGACCUGAGAUGAGUCCAUUCAAUUGUUCACAGUGUCUUCUUUCACAUCUGUAUGGCUCUGUGCUUCAGGUGGCGUGGGCGUGCCCUCUGCUGCAGAGUCACACACCCCACCCCUCUCAAGUUUGAAGAGUAGAAGAGCCCACCCGCAUACUGACGGCGGCGCUUUCCUUUAUCCCCGACCAACACAUCAUCGUGAGCAGAGAGACCCUUACGGUGUGCAUUGCUUCAAGGCUUCUUGUAAUUUUGCUUCCUCCUCCAGACCGGAAGCCACAGUUCCCGUGGCAGGAAUAUAAAAGCUGUGUUCUGAUGAUAAUCAAGCCCGGAUUGCAUACAUUCUGAUUUUCUUGCGCUUUCAUCUGUUCCUGAGUUUGUCUUCAUUUUUAACAGCAAAAUUCCUUGCAACCUGUGGCAAGCCUCACCCAUUAAAGGAGGAUAUGCCAGCGAUCAGCCUCUAAGAUCCCCUCCCGAAGAAACCGAGAGCUGGGAGCUGAGCGGUCCGGUUCCCUGCAAACGACUACGUCCACAGAGCUCUCUGGGUUGGGUCCAGUAGAGCCGAGUUAGGCUUAUUUCCGGGUCCGGGUGAGACUAAGGUCCUGGGCUGGAUUCCUGGCUCCACUGCACCCUGGAGGAAAUCACGCCUGUCCAUCUGAAUGCGCGCGCACCUCAGCCCUGUUUCUUUUUCGUGCAAAGUCCUCCAAAGCGGCUACCUCCCCGAGAUCAGCAGGUGUCAGCUAUCCAGAAGGGGGAAAUCGUUUGGCCUGGCCAACUGAGGCUGUGCUGGACCCCAACCUUGCUACUGUUGUCGAACGCAGCAGUCCACACCGUCUUGAGUCACUAACGCUAUGGGCUUGGAGCUCUACCUGGACCUGCUGUCGCAGCCCAGCCGCGCAGUCUACAUCUUCGCCAAGAAGAAUGGCAUCCCCUUCCAGAUGCGUACCGUGGAUAUACUCAAAGGGCAGCACUUGAGCGAGCAAUUCUCCCAGGUGAACUGCUUAAAGAAAGUUCCUGUCCUCAAAGACGGAAGCUUCGUGUUGACCGAAAGCUCAGCCAUCUUGAUUUACCUGAGUUCUAAGUACCAGGUGGCGGACCACUGGUACCCGGCUGACCUACAGGCCCGUGCCCAAGUCCACGAAUACCUAGGCUGGCAUGCCGACAACAUCCGUGGCACCUUUGGAGUGCUCCUGUGGAGCAAGGUGUUGGGGCCACUCAUUGGGGUCCAGGUUCCCGAGGAGAAAAUGGAACGGAACAGAAAUAGUAUCGUCCUGGCUCUGCAACGUCUGGAGGACAAGUUCCUCAGGGACAGGGCCUUCCUUGCUGGCCAGCAGGUGACCCUAGCGGAUCUCAUGUCUCUGGAGGAGUUGAUGCAGCCGGUGGCUCUUGGCUAUAACCUGUUUGAGGGACGGCCUCAAUUGACAGCAUGGCGAGAGAGGGUGGAGGCGUUCCUGGGCGCUGAGCUGUGUCAGGAGGCUCAUACCCCCAUCCUGAGCAUCCUGGGACAGGCGGCCAAGAAAACGUUGCCAGUCCCCCCUCCGGAGGCCCAUGCCGGCAUGCAGCUUCGAAUUGCUAGGAUCCCCUGAGUGGUCUGACCAGCAAUAAAGAUGCGUUUUGUAUU